AUGAGCGGUCUGAUGGUGAAGCUGGACCCUCGCAGGGUACAGUGGGGCUCGCAAUGGAACACCUUUACGUCCCGCGUGCUGAGGACCAAACCGGUGGAGUCCAUGUUGGAUUCAGCCACAACGGGCACCAGCGCCCACGGGACCAAACUGGCCCGGGUGCUGUCCACGGUGGAUCUGGUGUCGCUGGGCGUGGGCAGCUGCGUCGGCACGGGCAUGUACGUGGUCUCGGGCCUGGUCGCCAAGGAGAUGGCCGGUCCGGGGGUCAUCGUGUCUUUCAUUAUUGCCGCCGUGGCCUCCAUUCUGUCAGGAGUGUGUUAUGCAGAGUUUGGCGUGCGCGUGCCUAAGACCACAGGCUCGGCCUACACAUACAGCUACGUGACCGUGGGCGAGUGCGUGGCCUUCUUCAUCGGCUGGAACCUGAUCCUGGAGUAUCUGAUCGGCACGGCGGCGGGGGCGUCGGCUCUCAGCAGCAUGGCCGACUCGCUGGCCAACCACACCAUCAGCAACUUCAUGAUCACGCACAUCGGGACGCUCAAUGGAUUGGGUAAAGGGGAGCAGUCGUACCCCGACCUGCUGGCGCUGCUCAUCGCUCUGGUGGUGACGGUGAUUGUGGCUUUGGGAGUGAAGAACUCCGUGGGCUUCAACAACGUGCUGAACGUCAUCAACCUCAUCGUGUGGGUGUUCAUGAUGAUCGCCGGGCUGUUCUUUGUCAACGGAGAGAACUGGGACGAUGGCAGAUUCCUGCCCUUUGGCUGGUCGGGGGUGAUGCAGGGGGCAGCCACGUGUUUCUAUGCCUUCAUCGGAUUUGACAUCAUCGCAACCACAGGAGAGGAGGCCAAGAGUCCCAACACCUCCAUCCCCUACGCCAUCACAGCCUCGCUCAUCACCUGCCUCACCGCCUACGUCUCCGUUUCUGUGAUCCUGACUCUGAUGGUCCCGUACAACGAGAUCGAUGCGGACGCCCCGCUCAUGGAAAUGUUCGCCGUGCACGGCUGCAUGUUUGCCAAGUACAUCGUGGCGGUCGGCUCCAUAGCCGGACUCACCGUGUCCCUGCUCGGCUCCCUGUUCCCGCUGCCCAGGGUCAUCUACGCCAUGGCCGGGGACGGCUUGCUGUUCAAGUUCCUGGCCAACGUGUCUUCCUUCACAGAGACCCCUGCGGUUGCCUGCGUGGUGUCGGGCUUCCUGGCCGCCCUGCUGUCGCUCCUCGUCAGCCUCAGAGACCUCAUAGAGAUGAUGUCCAUAGGAACCCUGUUGGCCUACACCCUGGUGAGCCUCUGCGUGCUUCUCCUACGCUACCAACCCGAGAGCGACAUCCACGGCUUCGUCAACUUCCUGUCCGAGGAGCAGAACACCAAGAAGAAGGAGGGCGUUCUGGCCGAGUGCGAGAAAGACGCGUGUUCGCCGACCAGCGAGGUUGACGAGGACGGAGGAGCCUCCACCAACACCUGCGGCGCCAAAAACCUGCCGUCACUGGGGGACAACGAGAUGCUGAUCGGCAAACCAGACAAGACCGCCUACACCGCCAGUCACCCCAACUACGGCACGGUGGACAUGACCACCGGCAUCGAGGCGGAGGAAUCGGAGGGCGGGGUGACCCGGCGUUUAAAGAAGCUGAUUGGACCACGCUACUACACUCUGAGGAUCCGAUUGGGCCUCCCGGGAAAGAUGGACAGACCAACUCCAGCCACGGGGAAAACUGUCACCAGAUGUGUUCUGCUGCUCUUCAUCUUCAUCUUCGCUUUCUGCUCCUUCAUCAUAUUUGGAGCGAGGUUUAUCGGAGAGGGUCGCUGGUGGGCGCUGGUGCUAUUAAUCGUUUUCAUCAUCGUGCUUGCCCUGCUCGUCAUCAUCAUCCUCCAGCAACCGGAGAACCCCAAGCGGCUGCCCUACAUGGCGCCCUGUGUGCCGUUCGUCCCGGCCUCAGCCAUGCUGGUCAACAUUUACCUCAUGCUCAAACUGUCCGCCAUCACCUGGAUACGAUUCUCAAUCUGGUGCUUUGUGGGUGUCCUCAUCUACUUUGGCUACGGCAUGUGGAACAGCACUCUGGAGAAAACGGCCAGGGAGAACGAGGUGCGCGCCUCCACCUACCAGCGCUACGACCACGGCGUGGACGAAGGCUUCUGCGGCUUCGAUGACGACUUCUACACGCCCACCACUGACAGCUGGGGUGCGUCUGAGGGGGGGCCGGGGCCCGCUAAGCCCCCUCAGGCCAAACCUGAAGGUGAAGAGAUCUCACCUAAAGGUGCUGGCAGGACCGUGGCCAAUCACGGCCUCGCCGAGGAGGAUCCCAUGGAUUUCUGA